AUGACUCUCGCAGACCCACAACUUCUUACCGGCCUUGGCUCUGCCCUUUCCAUCUUCCUUGCUUCCACUGGUUCUGCCAUUGCUUCGGCCGAAGGUGGUAUCUAUGCCCUUCGCAAGAAAGGACUCACAGCCUUUGUCCCGAUCAUCAUUUCGGGAGUCCUUGCCAUUUACGGCAUUAUCAUUUCCAUUUUGCUGGUUGGAAAGAUGGGGUCUGCGGAAUUAACCGAAGUAAAUGGAUAUCGCCACCUUUGUGCUGGCUUGGCUGUUGGUUUGGCAUGUCUCGCCAGUGGCAUGGGAAUCGCCCGCUUUUUGAAACAUUUGAAUGUGGCUGCAACAAUUACUAGUGACGAUUCCGAUCGCCCUGAAUCAGAACCCUUGAUUCAGCGGGAACGUCGUGCCAUGGUGAACGAAAACUUUGUUCAUCUGGCCUUGAGCCUUGUCUUUUUGGAAGCGAUUGGGUUGUAUGGAUUGAUUGUCGCUCUCUUUCUCAUUGGAAAGUAA